GUGCUGCUGUGUCUGUGCUGGACAGGCUGGAACUCCAGUCUGAACCUGAGCUGAAGGGACUGAGACGUGUGGAGGAGUCCACGACGGAGCACAGACCCACCUGCAGGCAGUGGAGGAGCCCACACCACAGCAGGGGGAUGCCUGAAGGAGAAUGACCCCCAUGGGGCCUGUGCUGGAGCAGGUUUGCUGCAGGACCUGUGACCCCUGGGAGAGCUAAGCUGGAGCAGUUGCUCCAGGAGGAAAGGCCAGCAGCUCCCAGGGGCUCAGGCUGGCUCGGGCACAGGCACUCCAUGUGCAUCCAUCGGGCUUGGCUUCACUCUGAGGUCAGCAACUGCAACAAGAAACUCUGCAAAACCAGAGCCUUGGGGAUCCUGACCAUCACCUCCAGCCCAGUGCAGAGACACAGCUGUGCCACCCACCCCAGGACAGGAGAACUGCUCCUCACCCUCUCCAGGCCAGCAGCAGGUGUCAACCUGUGGGCUCUGAACAACCCUCAUCUGCUUGGAUUGCCAUGUUUUUAAUUAUUUUAAUUAAACACAGAGAUGUUCCAAGGUGGAGAUCAGGCAGAUAUGGCUGCUGCUGGUGCUGCUGCUGGGAAGCAGAGCCCUGCCUGCUCACUGCCACCUCUCUCCUGCACUGUCACCCUCCCCAAAGCCACAGGACACAACACCAAGAGGGAGCCAACAGCCCACGUGCCAUUUUCCUGUGCCCUGAUGCUCCUGAGCAGCCUCACAGUCAGUCCAAGGUGUUAUUAGUCCUGUCUGUCCCAGGAGUGCCAGACCUGAUCUCUUGCUGCAGCCUGGCUUCUUGGGGAGCAAGGCAAAGGUGCUUGGUCUCUUCAGCUCUGUUGACACAAGGGAAGACUCAGUCCUGGUCAGCACAGGGUGAGGUUCUGGGAACAGCUGCAGUUUGGCUUUGGGAGGUGAAAACACAGAGGGUCUACAGCUGGUUAGACAGGUUUGGGCUAAACCCACCCUGUCUGGCUGCUGAGUGUCAGCUGCCCCAUCCUGGAGGCCAUGAGAGAGACAGGGACUGUAGACUUCAGAAUCCUGAAGGGAAGGAGGGUGAAAAGCAAGAGCACAGCCCUGAACUUUGUGAGAGCAGACUUCAGCCUCUUCAUAGGUCUGUUUGCAAGAGUCCUGUUGGAUCAGGUAGAGAAGUACCCAAAGCCUGCAGGAAAGCAAAUGUCACUCCUGUCCUUAAGAAGAGCAAGAGGGAGGAUCCAGGGAGCUACAGGCUGGUCUGCUUCAUCUCCAUUCCUGGAAUGGGAACAGCUAAUCCUGGAUAUCAUUUCCAGGCACAUGAAGAACAAGAAAAUCAUCACCGUUCGAUUCCCCACGUGGAAAGUCACACCUGGAGUACUGUGUCCAGUGCUGGUCUUCCCAGGAGAAACUGGAGCCAGUCCAGUGGAGAGAGCCAUGGAGUGGGUGCAGGGACUGCAUCGUGUCUCAUCAGAGAGCUGGGACUGUCCAAGCUGGAGAAGGGAAGAUUGGCUGAACUAGGAACGCUGGUGGGGAAGGACAGAGACCGUGGCCGAGCAUCCUCGGGCGAGGCGGCUGCGCUGCUGGAUGGGGCCGGGCAGGACGGAUGA